GACCUCCAUUGCAGAAACAGAACAAAGCUCAUUUGGUUGAAGAAAAACCAAUACAGCGAAACGAAAGCCUCCCUUGGGAGUUGGAUAGUUGAAAAUGGAGCUUCAAGAUUUUGCGCCAAUUUUUGGUGAACCCACCAGAGUGGAGUGGGUAAACAGGGGUUCGCUUUCUUUGCACCAAUUUUUGUUCCAUGUUUAUACUCCAAGUCCUUCGCAGCUCAGAUUUCUUGUUACUGAUUUCCAUUCUAACACUUGGGAAUCCACCAAAUCAGCUUUCCAGCUUGAGGAUAUGAGAGAUGACAUUGGAAUUGGAGGGGCUUUUUCAGAGUUUGUUGAUUAUAUUGUUGCAUCUAUGAAAUUUGGAGAUGUAAGGCUUUGUAUGGAAGGACAAUCGGGGAAAGAUGGUGCAGCAUGUGUCAAACUAAUUGCUCAGAAAUCAAAGGGAAUGCCUGUAUUUUCCAUUUCUCUCACAAAACUCAUUGACUCUGCUGCUUCUGAAGCUAUGGCAACUAUGUCCUUGGGGCUUUUUAACUCAUUAAAAGAAAAGGAAUGUUCACUUGUGAAAGAACAAGAGCACUCCCUUCAGUUGGCAACCAUGAUAUCAACUGAAAAGGAAAAGAACGAAAAUAUCCAAACUCAGCUCGGGCAAUAUAGAAAGAAACAGAAGUUGCAAAAUAUGAAUGCCUCAAAUUCUCCAGAUAAAUCUGCCGUACAUAAUAUUGGCUCGACGAAAACCACCAACCGUGUGGUGCCAGCACACCGGAGGGCGAAAACUAGGGGUGCCCUUCUGCAAGACUCUGAAGAUGACAAUGAACAAGAGCGCUCCCUUCAAUCGACAUUCGAGGAAAAGGAAAAGAAAGAGGGGUUGCUAAAUACAGAUACCUUGGCCAUUGUAGACAGGCUUCAAAAGUCUCCUGACAAAUCUGUUCAUGAUAUCGGCUCGACAAAAAUCACCAAUCAUGUCGUGCCAACACAUCGCAGGGCAAGAACACGAGGUGCCCUUCUGCAAGAUAAUGAAGAUGACGAUGGAAGGUGAAAAAACAAGACACUUUCAAAAUGUCGAGUCCUUGUGUUCGAAACUUGUCUUAGAUGUGGAGUAGGUAAACAAAAUAAUAGAUAUGAUUGUGCAAUGCAGAUAUUUCUUUGUUGUAUAUGAUAAUGUAAUAUUCUCAUCUAACUUUGGCUUUCUGCUCAAUUUUGUUGUCAAUAAGGUUGAGUUGAAUCUUAAAACAAGUCAAAUUGUGAGACUUUUCAUUAAUUUCUCAAACAAA